ACAUGUUUGUCAUUAUGUGCAUUCUGUGUAGAUACACGAUCUGGCAACUGUUACCUGGACAUUAAAACUCGUGGAGAUAAUGGUGGCACCUUCUGCAGCAAUGAGAUCGGAGUAGGUGUUUCCAAGGCCUCCUGUUGCUGCUCCCUGGGCAAAGCUUGGGGAGUUCCCUGUGAACAUUGCCCACUUGUGAACACAACUGAGUAUAAGGUCCUUUGCCCUGGAGGGGAAGGAUUCCGACCAAACCCUAUUACAGUUAUAUUAGAGGAUAUUGAUGAAUGUCAAGAACUGCCUGGACUUUGCCAAGGAGGAAAAUGUAUUAAUACAUUUGGUAGCUUCCAGUGUCAGUGUCCAUCAGGGUACUAUUUGAAUGAAGAGACUCGAGUGUGUGAUGAUGUGAAUGAGUGUGAUACACCUGGCAUAUGUGGACCUGGCACAUGUUACAAUACUGUUGGGAACUACACCUGCAUCUGUCCUCCUGAUUACAUGCAAGUCAAUGGAGGAAACAACUGCAUGGAUAUGAGAAGAAGUCUGUGUUACAGAAAUUACUAUGCUGACAAUCAAACCUGUGAUGGUGAGCUGCUCUUUAAUAUGACCAAGAAAAUGUGCUGCUGUUCCUACAACAUUGGACGUGCGUGGAACAAACCUUGUGAACAGUGUCCUAUCCCAAGCACCGAUGAAUUCUCCACACUCUGUGGAAGUCAAAGGCCUGGCUUCUUCAUUGACAUUUAUACAGGAUUACCAGUUGAUAUUGAUGAAUGCAGAGAAAUUCCUGGAGUGUGUGAAAAUGGGAUCUGUAUAAACAUGGUUGGCAGCUUCCGAUGCGAGUGUCCUGUGGGUUUCUUCUACAACGACAAGCUACUGAUCUGCGAAGAUAUUGAUGAAUGCCAAAAUGGACCAGUGUGUCAGCAAAAUGCAGAAUGUGUCAACACAGCUGGUAGCUACCGUUGUGAUUGUAAACCUGGCUACAGGUUCACAUCAACUGGCCGCUGCACUGAUCGGAAUGAAUGUCAAGAAAUUCCCAAUAUCUGCAGUCACGGGCAGUGUAUUGACACUGUUGGAAGUUUCUACUGCAUUUGUCACAAUGGAUUCAAGACCAAUGAUGACAGAACAAUGUGUAUAGAUAUUAACGAGUGUGAGAGAGACGCCUGCGGCAAUGGAACCUGCAGAAACACCAUUGGCUCUUUCAACUGCCGCUGCAAUUUGGGGUUCAUCCUCUCACACAACAAUGACUGCAUAGAUGUGGACGAAUGUGCAAGUGGAAAUGGAAUGCUCUGCAGGAAUGGUCAGUGUGUGAACACGAUCGGGUCCUUCCAGUGUCUUUGCAAUGAUGGCUAUGAGGUGGCUCUGGAUGGAAGGACUUGUGUUGAUGUCAAUGAGUGUGCACUGGAGCCUGGAAAAUGCUCACCAGGCACAUGUCAGAAUUUGGAUGGAUCAUUCAGAUGUAUCUGUCCUCCUGGAUACGUCCUGCAGAAUGACAAAUGUGAAGACAUUGAUGAGUGUGUGGAACAACCAGAAAUUUGUGCCCUGGGCACAUGCAGCAACACUCCAGGCAGUUUCAAAUGUCUGUGUCCAGAAGGCUUUGUGUUGUCUUCCACAGGAAGGCGAUGCCAAGAUCUGAGAGUAAGUUACUGCUUUACCAAAUUUGAAGAUGGAAAAUGUUCUGUGCCGAAGUCCCGAAACCACUCCAAACAAGAGUGUUGCUGCGCCUUGAAGGGACAGGGAUGGGGAGAUCCCUGUGAACUCUGCCCAGAGGAAGCAGAUGAGGCGUUCAGACAGAUUUGUCCGUUUGGAAUUGGCAUCCUUGUUGGACCUGGUGACGCAAGACUGGAUGUGGAUGAGUGCCUUGAUCCAGAUAACUGUAAAUUUGGGCAGUGUAUCAACACAGAUGGGUCUUUCCGCUGUGAGUGUCCGUAUGGUUACAUCCUACAAGGAGCUCAAUGUGUGGAUACUGAUGAAUGUGCUGUUGGAAACCCGUGUGGAAAUGGAACUUGCAGGAAUGUAGUGGGAGGUUUUGAAUGCACCUGCGUUGAGGGAUUUGAGCCUGGACCGAUGAUGACCUGUGAAGAUGUCAACGAGUGCAUUCAGAACCCUCUGCUCUGCGCUUUCCGCUGCGUGAACACUUUUGGAUCCUAUGAAUGCAAAUGCCCCACGGGAUACGUUCUGCGAGAGGACCGGAGAAUGUGCAGAGAUCAGAAUGAGUGUGAAGAAGGAAUUCACGACUGUGACUCAAAACAGAUGGACUGCAAAAACCUAAUUGGCACCUAUAUGUGUAUCUGUGGACCAGGUUAUCAGCGCAGACCAGAUGGGGAAGGUUGUAUAGAUGAGAAUGAAUGUCAGACCAAACCUGGGCUCUGCGAGAAUGGCCGUUGUGUAAACACAGUGGGAAGUUACAGAUGUGAAUGCAACGAGGGAUUCACUGUCAGUGACACCCAGAACGAAUGCCUUGACAACAGGGAGGGUUACUGCUUCACUGAAGUCUUACAAAGUAUGUGUCAAAUCGGAUCAAGCAACAGGAACUCUGUCACCAAGUCUGAAUGCUGCUGUGAUGGUGGCCGAGGCUGGGGGCAAAACUGCGAGGUCUGCCCCUUCCCAGGCACCGUGGCCUUCAAGAAGCUUUGCCCUCAUGGCCGAGGAUACAUGUCUAAUGGAGCAGAUAUUGAUGAGUGCAAGGUUAUUCAUGAUGUCUGCCGUAAUGGGGAGUGCAUCAAUGAGAGGGGAUCUUAUCGUUGUCAUUGCAACCUUGGCUAUACUACAGAUAUAACUGGCACUCUUUGCAUAGAUCUGAAUGAAUGUAAUGAGUCCCCAAAACCUUGCAAUUUCAUCUGCAAAAACACAGAGGGGAGCUUCCAGUGUUCGUGUCCGAAAGGGUACAUCCUGCAAGAAGAUGGGAGAAGCUGCAAAGAUCUUGAUGAAUGUGCAACAAAGCAGCACAACUGCCAGUUCCUUUGUGUCAACACUAUUGGGGGUUUCACUUGUAAAUGUCCUCCUGGAUUCACUCAGCACCAUACAGCCUGCAUUGAUAAUAAUGAGUGUGCUACUGAAAUCAAUUUAUGUGGAGCGAAGGGCAUUUGCCAGAAUACACCAGGAAGUUUUGUUUGUGAGUGUCAACGUGGCUUCUCACUCGAUCAAACCGGGCUUAGCUGUGAAGAUGUUGAUGAGUGUGAUGGAAACCACCGGUGUCAGCAUGGCUGCCAAAAUAUAAUUGGAGGAUACAGGUGUAGCUGCCCACAGGGAUAUCUCCAGCAUUACCAAUGGAACCAAUGUGUUGAUGAAAAUGAAUGUCUCAGUGCACACAUUUGUGGAGGAGCAUCUUGCCACAAUACUUUGGGAAGCUAUAAAUGUAUGUGCCCUACCGGAUUUCAGUAUGAACAGUUUAGUGGAGGUUGCCAAGAUAUCAAUGAAUGCGGUUCUGCACAAGCCCCAUGCAGUUAUGGUUGUUCAAAUACUGAAGGUGGCUAUGUCUGUGGAUGUCCACCUGGUUACUUCAGAAUAGGACAAGGACACUGUGUUUCUGGAGUGGGGCUAGGCAAAGGUCAAGGACAAGAGCUUUCACUCAGUGGAGAAGUAGAUGACAACUCCCUUUCUCCAGAAGCUUGUUAUGAAUGUAAAAUCAAUGGCUAUCCCAAGAGAGGAAGGAAGCGCAGAAGCACUAAUGAAACUGCAAAUGAAGCAGAG